AUGGGUGCAUUCACAAGCGAAGAUAUUCAGGCAUACCAAGCGCAUUAUGCUAUGCCAAAGCGCCCACCAGGCUAUCAAUCCAUUCGAACUAGCAAGAAAAAUACGAUUUCGAUCCAACAGGCAGUUAGGAAAAAUGCCGGUGUCUGGUGCAUUCGUAACUUCGACUCUUUAACACCAUCACCGCGUACAGGACACUGCUCUGUAUUUGGUCCCCAAUUUAACUAUGUUGUUGUCUGUUACGGAAAUACUCCAACAGAACAACUUCUCAACGAUUUUUGGUAUUUAGAUUUAAACAGCAAUAAAUGGACUCAAAUUAAUGUCCAAGAUGCCGAUUUGCAACCUAGAACUGGAGCGCGAGCAGUUCUUAUUGGCAUUGAUCUUUGGAUUUUUGGAGGAACUACCGAAACAGCAUUCCUAAACGAUCUUCAUGUUGUUAAUCUUCAAACAGGUGCUGUAACUCGUCCACAAACUACCGGAGAUGCUCCUACAGCAAGAACUAAUCAUAUCAUGGCAUACAACAAAGGAAAAAUCAUUGUAUACAGCGGAUCAGAUGUCACUGUCCUUUCCGAUAUGUAUAUUCUCGAUGUCGAAUCCCUCCAUUGGACCCAAGUUAACUUAAAUGUUGGAAGAUCUGGCGCAUGCUCAGCAAUGAUCGAUAAUAAGCUUUACAUAUAUGGCGCAUCGCAAACACCAGGUUUCUUAGUGUUUGAUUUCCAGCCAAACGAUGGAUACAUCCAAAAGGUUUCCGGAACAUGUCCUCCAUCUACAGUUACGAACGCUACUCUAGUUCCGUUUGACAACUAUUUGCUGUUGAUAGGAGGAGAGACGCGCGAUGAUACACAGGGAGACAGCCAAUUCGCCCCAAUUUACGUUUAUGAUAUUGAAAAAUCCCAUUGGGACAUUUUCAACAUCCAGCCGGAUAAUGUUACGACAUUACAGCACGAUGGAACUGUUGAUAAGAACGGAAACUUCAUAAUUCCAACAACAUCUCAAAGUACUUCUGUUUACAACGCAAUUACUCGCGAAAUAUCUAUAUUCUUGGGAACACCAGGAUUAAAUCCUCCGAAUCAAUACGUUAUCGUUGCUGCAAACGCUUUAUCUUCUUUACAUAUGCAGAAAGACCUUCUUUCAAUGCUUUACAGAUAA